AUCACAAACUGUUGAAACAUUUUGUUUUUCUUGUGCUUUCUAAUUUGAAAUUUCUUGUUAUCACUCAUCACAGAACCUGGGUAUUAAUAAAGAAUAAUGAUAAGAUAUCGAGGAAAGAAAAACGUUAUAGAUAAAGUUAAAGAGUUUGAUGCAUUUACUAAAGUUCCCGAAGAAUACGUGGAUAGUACACCGGUGGGCGGGACGUUCUCUAUUAUAACGCUUUUUAUUAUUGUGUGCCUUAUAUACAGUGAAGUGACAUACUUUCUAGAUAGCAAUUUAGUAUUUAAAUUCAUGCCAGACACGGACAUGGAUGAAAAGUUACGCAUAAAUAUCGAUAUAACAGUCGCUAUGCCAUGCUCUAACUUAGGUGCUGAUAUCUUAGACUCUACUUCACAAAGCGUGUUUGGAUUUGGUGAAUUACAAGAAGAAGAUACAUGGUUUGAAUUAACACAGGAGCAACAAGAUUCUUUUGAUGCUGUGAAGUAUUUAAACUCAUACUUAAGAGAAGAAUAUCAUUCUCUUUGGCAGUUAUUAUGGAAGAAAGGUCAUGGUUCUGUCAGGGCAACGAUCCCGCCGCGGAAAAAUAAACCAAAUAGAAGACCAGACGCAUGCAGGCUCCAUGGAGUACUAACAUUAAAUAAAGUUGCUGGCAAUUUUCAUAUAACAGCUGGCAAAAGCCUUCAUUUACCUCGAGGUCAUAUCCAUCUUAAUAUGCUAUUUGAUGAUACACCACAAAACUUUAGCCAUAGAAUCCACAGGCUCAGUUUUGGGAGUCCUGCAAAUGGUAUGAUAUAUCCUCUAGAAGGUGAUGAAAAAAUAACAACAGAUGAGAGCAUGUUAUACCAAUAUUUUAUUGAGGUCGUUCCUACUGAUGUAGAUACAACAUUUGAAUCAAUAAAAACAUUCCAAUAUUCUGUUAAAGAGUUGGAGCGACCCAUAAGUCAUACGCAUGGAUCGCAUGGAGUGCCGGGAAUUUUUUUAAAAUAUGAUAUGGGAGCAAUUAAAAUUAAAGUAUACCAAGAAAGAGAAAACUUACUGCAAUUUAUGUUAAGACUAUUUUCUAUUAUUGGUGGCAUUUAUGUAAUAUUUCGUUUUUUGAAUACCAUAGUUUUAACAUUACGGACAGCAUUCCUUAAUAAAAUAGCACCUGAUGUUUUAGAUAGGUUAAGUGAAAAACCUACUAAAGUUCAUCCUUUAUUAGUUUCAACAAAUUUAUUGGUACCCGACGGACCAGAUUUGAUAAGACAAUAAUAAUAAGUGUUACUAGUAAGCUUAAAAUGAAUUUGUGUAUAUAGAUCUGGUGAUGUAUUAUUUUGACAUUUAUUUAUUUUUAUAAUUAAUGUAAUACAAAGCUAUAUAUUGUUAAAUUUGGAUACAAUUCUUAUAGUUCGGUAUUUCGUAUCAACUUGUCAUAUUAUUGCAAUGAAAUG